AUCUCAGUGAAGCAGCUGGAGCUUUCCUCCACCUUCAUCUUCUUCAUCCUCGAUUACCCACCUUCACCACUAUUUACGGCAGCUUCACCGUCAAUUAAAACGCAAACCCUAAAAAAAAGGAGUAAUUAAGGGCAAGGUUGAUCCCAAAGAGUAGGGUGACGUAUUCCUCCAUUGAAUCUUCCCUUGAGCUUGAAUUUCUCCAUUGAAGCUUCUAAAAUUUCCAAUAAAGCUCUUGAAUUCGAGUUCAAAAAAAAAAAAGAGCUUAACGGUGUUAACUUUUGUUACAUCUAAAAAUACGAAUUUACCCGUACUUAAUGCAUGAAUGAACAAUUAAAACCUUAGAUAAACGGUUCAAGCUUAUGAAAAUAAUAUUGUAUUUUCUUCGAUUUAAUCCGAACGAUCCAUUUGCCAAACCUUAAACCCAAGUCCACUUCAUUUCCUUCCCCUUUCAUCUUCCCCCUCCCCCCGUCCCCCGGUGCAAAAUUCCUUACUCCGCAGUUCAAAAGGUUGAUUGGAGCAAUCACUUCCAAAGACAAUGGCUUCUUCAGCAGCGACCAGAGACUUGCAGCGCGACCUAGAAUCCAAAGCCAACGAUCUUCGCAAACUCCAAAAAGAUAUUGCAAAGAAUCAUGAAAUCCGAAAGAAAUACACCGUUCAGCUUGGCGAAAAUGAGCUCGUUCUCAAGGAGUUGGAUUUGUUGAGUGAAGAUGCGAAUGUGUACAAAUUGAUAGGUCCAGUUUUAGUUAAGCAGGAUUUGGCGGAGGCAAAUGCUAAUGUGCGCAAGAGGAUUGAGUAUAUUUCUGCUGAAUUGAAACGUCUUGAUGCUACCUUACAAGAUAUGGAAGACAAGCAAAAUAGCAAGAAGGAGGGGAUAAUGAAGGUUCAGCAAAAAAUUCAAGCUCUUCAAGCUGGGAAGGCCAAGGCAUAAUCACUCAGCAGGUUGAAGUCUUUAUUCAGAGUAAACUAUUUCCUAGUUACUUUUUUUUAUUUGUUUUGUUUUUUUAAAAAUUAUCUUUUUAUAGAUAACAGUUUACAUAUUAGAUUGUUGCUAUUCAAAUUUUGGUAUUUUUGGGAGGUCUAUAAAAAGCCUGUGUGAAACUGUAAUUCCUAAAUAAAGCAAUGCAGUAUGUGCAUCUUUUAAUAGGAGUCAGCGUCUGUAUACUAGGCUACUAGCACUAAACUUACUUCUUAGAGGCUUACAAGUUACAAAUCAAUUUCUUACAGUGAGAAAGUGCUGCAUCCACAGCCAAAGGAUGCAUAAACACAAUCAUGCCAUUUGAUAUUGCGUGUUGAACUUA